GGAAAUUACGCUAGGUUCUCAACCUGUUCCCUUUCUCCCGCAUUCUCCAUUAUGGUGCGGAAGCUUAAAUUCCACGAGCAGAAGCUGCUGAAACAGGUGGACUUCCUAAACUGGGAAGUCACCGAUCACAACCUCCACGAACUGCGUGUGCUGCGGCGGUACCGGCUGCAGCGGCGCGAGGAGUACACGCGCUACAACCAGCUGAGCCGAGCGGUGCGCGAGCUGGCGCGGCGCCUGCGCGACCUGCCCGAACGCGACCCAUUCCGCGUGCGCGCCUCGGCGGCGCUGUUGGACAAGCUGUACGCUCUGGGCCUGGUGCCCACGCGCGGCUCACUGGAACUCUGCGACUCCGUCUCGGCCUCGUCCUUCUGCCGCCGCCGCUUGCCUACUUUGCUCCUCAAGCUACGCAUGGCGCAGCAUCUCCAAGCUGCUGUGGCUUUUGUGGAGCAGGGUCAUGUCCGCGUGGGCCCAGACGUGGUCACUGAUCCGGCCUUUCUCGUCACUCGCAGCAUGGAGGAUUUUGUCACCUGGGUGGAUUCAUCCAAGAUCAAGCGGCACGUGUUGGAGUACAAUGAGGAGCGCGAUGACUUUGAUCUAGAUGCCUAGCGAGUCUUCUUGUCCUGGCUUCUCAGCUACAGGUCACUGACCCGGGGAUGGGGAGAAUCGCCUCCGUGUUCUGGGAAAUUUUCCUAGAAUUUGGACUGACAAUUAAGUGACAAUGUCUUGAGAGACAGUGGGAAGCAGUUUUGUACCGCACUGGGGAUUGCUAGCUUCUUGUGCCUUAAACUUUGUGGUGUGAAGCAGGAAUGUUACCUCUUCCCCUUUGCUUUAUCAUCUUGAAAUAGGACUGUCUGGAUGGAGAGUUUGAGUUCAGUAUAUUUAUAUCGUUUAAAGAAAUCCUUUCCUAAUGCCAAUAAAUGUCCCACCGACGUUGUUUAAGUGCA